GUUUAUGCAACUCAGCCGACAGCUGGAUGAUUGUUCCCAAUAUCAAACAAAACCACUACACAGUGCACGGCUUACAGAGUGGCACUAAGUACAUCUUUAUUGUUAAGGCCAUUAAUCAGGCGGGCAGCAGAAGCAGCGAGCCUGGCAAGCUCAAGACAAACAGUCAGCCCUUUAAACUGGACCCCAAAUCUGCUCAUAGAAAAUUGAAAGUGUCUCAUGAUAACUUGACAGUGGAACGUGAUGAAACAUCCUCCAAAAAGAGUCACACACCAGAGCGAUUCACGAGCCAAGGGAGCUACGGAGUAGCGGGCAACGUGUUCAUUGACAGCGGGCGGCAUUACUGGGAAGUGGUUAUAAGCGGGAGUACGUGGUAUGCCAUUGGUAUUUCCUACAAGUCAGCCCCGAAGCAUGAGUGGAUUGGGAAGAAUUCUGCCUCCUGGGUGCUUUGCCGCUGCAAUAACACAUGGGUUGUGCGGCACAAUAGCAAAGAAAUCCCCAUCGAGCCUGCGCCUCACCUCCGGCGGGUUGGGAUUUUGCUGGACUAUGACAACGGUUCCCUUGCUUUUUAUGAUGCUUUGAACUCCCUACACCUCUACACUUUUGACAUUACAUUUGGGCAGCCAGUGUGCCCCACGUUCACUGUGUGGAAUAAGUGUUUGACCAUUAUAACUGGCUUGCCUAUCCCUGACCAUCUAGACUCCUCUGAGCAGCUCGCCUGACUGCUAAAAGCCAAAAGGUAGGACGAUGUGUCUUCCCAGGGUGGCCAAGCAGCUGCCCACAGGAGCUUGCCCGGAGCUGGUGGACCGCACAGCAUCCCGGCUGUCACUGCUGAAUCGGGCCAGAACUGGAAAGGGGAAAAUAUCUCUUUACCGUGUGCUUUGUACGGAAGGACAAGAAGUGGCUUUAAUAAUAUCUUAGAACUUUCCUUUGCAGUUGGUUUUGGUUGGUCGGUUUUGUAUUUAGUCUCUUACAGGAAGAUAUAUAAAUUAUUUAUACA